CUGCGAUGUCUCAUCAACAACUGUUUACGUUUACACAACAAGACGGGUUUUUUGCAAACAAAAUUAGUUUGUCAAUAUUUUUGUAGUUUAUUUAAUUUGUUUCUUCAUUUGCGGCUAAUACACAAAAACAUACCGGAAAACCAUGAAGUAAGCUAAAUUUUGACUGCAAUCUUUGCUUGCAGCGGUUGCAAAUGAGAGAGCAGUAACAGCUGGAGUAACCAACAAAAAAAAAAACACAACUAGCCAUCCAACCAACCAACAAACCAGCCACAACAACUUCCACUGCCGCUGCCGCUGAAGACUCAAUAGAUUUGUAAUCAAAACAAAAACAAGCCGACGACGACGUUUAGAGCUCAUUCACGUUUUGGCCAAGCAACUGCUGUAGUCGGCGCAACAAUUCGAAACACACAGCGUAGAAACCGCUACGACGACGGUUCAUUACAUUAGUGAUCGCACCGACAGUGGUCAUCAAUUCUAUAAUAACAAGUAAUAUAUUAUUAGCAUAUCUACAUUAGUAGCGUCAGCAAAGAUAGACGGAAAUCAUAAAUAACAAUGGGUUUGAGAUUUCAACAAUUGAAGAAGCUAUGGCUGCUCUACCUGUUUUUACUGUUCUUUGCGUUCUUCAUGUUUGCGCUGAGUAUCAAUCUGUAUGUGGCCAGUAUACAAGGAAUCGAUCAGGAUAAGGUCCAUCCAAAACCGCAGCCGCGCCGCCGCUCGCUCUGGCAUCCGAAGAACAUAGUGGCGCAUUAUAUUGGCAAAGGCGAUAUUUUUGGCAACAUGACCGAAGAUGACUAUAACGUAAAUCUUUUCAAUCCCAUCGCUGGCGAAGGGGCUGAGGGUAGACCGGUAGUGGUGCCAGCGCGCGAGAGCUUCCGCAUGCAGCGUUUCUUCAGGCUGAAUAGCUUUAAUAUUUUGGCCAGUGACCGUAUACCCUUGAAUCGCACGUUAAAAGAUUACAGAAUAAAAGAGUGUCGCGACAAGCGCUAUAUUAACAACGAACUGCCCACCACAUCGGUGAUUAUAGUUUUCCAUAAUGAGGCCUGGUCGGUGCUGUUGCGCACCAUAACAAGCGUUAUCAAUCGAUCGCCGCGUAAACUACUUAAAGAAAUCAUAUUGGUCGACGAUGCUAGCGAACGCUCUUAUUUGAAGAAGCAGCUGGAGGCUUACAUUAAAGUGCUUUCGGUGCCAACACGCUUGUUGCGCAUACAGAAACGCGGCGGUUUGGUGCCUGCGCGUUUACUCGGCGCCGAACAUGCCAAGGGUGAUGUGUUGACCUUCUUGGAUGCGCAUUGUGAGUGUACGCGCGGCUGGCUGGAGCCGCUAUUGCAGCGUGUGAAGGAGUCGCGUAGCAGUGUGGUCGCGCCGGUGAUUGAUAUAAUCUCCGAUGAUAAUUUCAGCUAUACGAAAACGUUCGAGAAUCACUGGGGUGCCUUCAAUUGGCAGCUGAGUUUUCGUUGGUUUGGCAAUAAGCGCAGCAUAGCGCCAAGUAAUGCGGAUCCCACGCAGGCGAUCGCUUCGCCGGCAAUGGCUGGCGGACUUUUCGCGGUGGACAAGCGAUACUUCUUUGAAAUAGGCGCGUACGAUAAGGAGAUGCGUAUCUGGGGCGGUGAAAACGUCGAAAUGUCUUUCCGCAUUUGGCAGUGCGGUGGCCGCAUUGAAAUAUGUCCUUGCUCACAUGUCGGCCAUGUAUUCCGCAGCACCACACCGUACACCUUCCCGGGUGGCAUGAGUGAAGUGCUGGGCAAUAAUUUAGCGCGUGCUGCUAUGACUUGGAUGGACGAUUGGCAAUAUUUCAUAUUACUUUACACCUCCGGCCUGUCGUUGGAGACGCGUGAACGCAUAGAUGUCUCUGAGCGUUUGUCACUGCGUGAAAAACUCAAAUGCAAGCCAUUCUCCUGGUAUUUGGAACACAUCUGGCCGGAGCAUUUCUUUCCCGCACCUGAUCGCUUCUUUGGCAAAAUUAUCUGGCUUGACGGUGAGACAGAAUGUGCGCAAGCGUACACCAAACACAUGAAGAACAUACCGGGACGUCGCUUGUCACGUGAAUGGCCACGCAUAUUCGAUGAGAUUGACAAUAAUGCUGAGCAAUUUAUGUCGCUAAUCGAUUUGGAUCGCGACAAGUGUUUGCGACCGCUGGAGAAGGAUGUGCCGCGCACAUCAGUGCAAUCGGUUACAGUUGGUGAUUGUAAUGUGCAUAGCAAAUCUAUGGAUAUGUAUGCCAUUACGCCGAAGGGACAGAUAAUGACCAACGAUAAUGUGUGUCUGACGUAUAGUGAACCGAAAUUGGGCGUCAUACAGCAGUUGAAGAGUCGCAAUUUGACAAGUAAUGUGCAGCUGACACACUGUCUGGAAGAUCCACGACAAUUGUGGAACUACGACAUGGAUACUCAGCACAUUUCGCAUCGCGAAUCGAAGCUUUGCCUUACGCUGAAGGCGGCCAAAAUGCCACGCACCCAAAAGGUGGAGAAAAUCGUUGUUGCCAUUAAUUGUGAUUACAAAGACAUCACACAGAAGUGGGGUCUCAUACCACUGCCAUGGAAAGUCUAAAGAAAAAAACGUGAAAUAUUUGUGCAUACACACACACACAUACACAAUGCAAUUUGCAAACCAACAAUAAAAUUACAUAUAGGAAAGCACGGAUUUGCACCAGCAAUUAAAAAUGCCAAUUAAAUUAAACGAUUUUAGUAUACAAUUAGAAUUAAACAGUUAAGUAGCGUAAGAGUGUAAAAGUGCGAUGAAACGUAGUUAA